AUGGCAGACGUUGACGAAAUAAUCGAUUACAUUAAAUCUUUAAAAAAGGGUUUUGAUAAAGAUUUAUUUCAGUUCAAAGUAGACGAAUUAGCCAAUGCUGUAGAGAGAACGGGUCUAGAAUAUGAUGAUUUCCACACUUUAUUCAAAGUUUGGUUAAAUUUAUCAAUACCUAUAACCAAAUGGACUACUUUGGGUACAUGUAUGAUCCCUCCAGAGAAAAUUGAAGAGAAAACCGUUGAGUACUCAUUUCGUUGGAUUCUUGCCAACUAUGAGGACCAAACAAGCUUUUCUAGAAUUAGUUUCUUACUUGACUGGCUUACCGCUGCUAUGGACUGUGAAUGUAUUGACAUGGCUGCACUGGAUUCUGGCUAUGAAUUAUUUUAUGUGAUGUUAACUAUUGAAGUUCUUACUGUUCAUGCUAUGAAGCUGGUAUACACAUUGACCAAACCAAAGGAUGUGACUCGCAGGAGAGUGCUUGAAUUAUUUGACUAUGCAAAGAAAAGAGAAGCUAAAAAGAAUUUGUAUCGUCAAUUGCAAGUGUUGUUGGGCUUAUUCAAGUCUUAUAGACCGGAGUGUGUACCAGAAGAAGUACCUGCAAUAUCUAUUCAUACUGCUUUCAAGAAGAUUAAAACAACACUGGUAGCUAGAUUUAAGGCAAUCCAGGAACGUAGACACAGAUCAAUCACAGACAAAAACCACUUGAUGUGGUUAAACCCAGUGAAUUCAGAGAGAACAAACAAGAAAAUUGAACCUCUUAUACCCAAUAUGGAGUUUUUGAAUGUUGGUUCAAAACAAUAUGCUGAUAAAGAACCAACAAAAACUUACCUUGAUUUCUCUGACCCGGUCUCCCUUCUUCAAUAUAGUUUGCAGCACACAAUGUCCCGCCCGGCUCGACUGCGAGCAAUGUUGUGCAACGAGACUGGACUGACGCUUCUGGCUGCUGCUUCUGAUGUCGAUCACGCUUUUCUCUCGCAUGUCCUCCAUCAACUUCUUACUAGCUGCUUUUUGGAUGGGUCUCCACAUAGCUACAUUGAGAAACAGGACUUGCUACGUAGACUGGUUGUACUGCAGCGUACUCUAAUGCAGGGUUUGCCGAUAAUCUCGAGGUUCCUUGCUCAGUUCCUGCCACAUUGGAACGAGAAAGAUUAUUUUGCUGAGAUACUCGAUCUCGUGGAAUGGAUACAUGCAGACAAUAAAGAUCAGAUUGAAUACAUUUUGGAGCCUCUUACUCGAAUAUAUCAUCGCUCGCAGCCGCUUGAACAAUGCGCUAUUCUCAACAGCCUCACCAACAUGUAUGUUAACCUGGUAUACUCAAGUACGAAACCUCAACGACAUUUUAUGAGCAUAAAAACAUAUGAAUCUGUAUACAUGGCUAUACUUCCAGCAGUCGCUUCUACCAUCAACAACAUGUGCAAUCUCGCCUUGCAGAUUAAUCCUGAGGACAUGCGGCUACUGUUCAGCUGCGCUUCUGGCGCGGAACGCAUGGCUUCGGCGGAGAAGCGGCUCGGCGCGCGACUGGGCGGCGUGCCCCGCGCCCUGCCCCUCGCGCUGUGGCUGCUGUGUGGUGCUGCACUCGCGGACAAGGCGGCCGCGCUGAUGAUGCUAUACAAGAAGAUCUUCAUUCAAAUGAAGGCAGCAAAUAAAAUCAUAAAAAACGAUACUUACAUGGAGCAAAUCCACACAUUAAAGAGUUAUACGUGCGACCUCAUCAGCUGCCUGUACAACGAAGACGCAUUAAGAAGUCGCAAGAACGGGAUCGUAUUCGACAAACUUCAUCCACAACUUGUUGGCAAAUUGUACUCUCUGAUGCCGGACGUAGAUUCAAAAUUGAGUAUACGCAAUCACAUAGGGUUUGCCCCUUACACAUUCUUGCGACUUGAAGCCAUAGACCACACGGAUGCAGAUAACAAGUUGUGGUUCGAUACAGUUAUUGAUCAAGAGUUUCCGAAUCUCAGUAAUUUCUUGUUGAAGACCGUGCCUGCGUUGGAUGCACUUAUUAUCGGCACGGUUCGGCGGCGGCGGCGCUCGCAAACAUCAACACUCGGAUCGUUAUUUCCUUCCGAACAUGGAUUGGCAUGCACCGAGCCUAUUAAUGUUCCCACUGUAGUGGCACAGGCCUUCCCUAUGGAUUUAAUAGGGAGAUUGGGCCUUGAACCACCACGCGGGCCUAGUGCGGAUUUGUUGGUGCUAACGACUGCAGAUGAAGCCUUCCGAAGCACGGAGGAGCUCAAGACAAGUUUUUGGUCACCCAUCCAAAAUACUGUAGUAAAAAAUCUACUAUUAUGAAACACAAUUCAACCACAAUAAACUACCAUUGUAA